AUUUUUUUAUUUACUUUUUUGAGGGGGAGUGUUUUGUGGACAGGACAACACGAUUAUUCUCAGGGAAAUUUUUAUUAUUUUAUUUAGUGGAGCUGUCAAAAAUGGCAAAUGAAGAGGAGCUCAAGGAAUAUCGCUGGGAGACUGGCUACGAGAAAACUUGGGAGGCCAUCAAGGAAGAUGACGAAGGUCUCUUGGACGCCUCUGUGGCGGAAAUUAUCCAAAAAGCCAAAAGAAAGCGAAUGCUGGAGAAGAAGAACAAUGCCCGAUUGGGGAUGAUGAGGCAUUUGUACGUAAUCAUCGAUAUGUCUGAAUGCAUGUCGGAUCAAGACCUGAAACCCACAAGACAAAUAUGCACAAUCAAACUCUUAAAUGCAUUUAUUGAGGAAUUCUUCGACCAAAAUCCAAUCAGCCAAAUGGGCAUCAUAGUGAUGAAGAACAAAAGAGCUGAAAAAUUGAGCGACUUGACUGGAACAGCUAAAAAGCAUGUAAAGGCAUUGAAACAGCUAGAGGGAAUGGCAUGUAGUGGUGAGCCCAGUUUACAAAAUGGUCUUGAAAUGGCCCUGCGUUCGCUAAAAAUGCUGCCGUCCCACGCCAGCAGAGAAAUUCUGGUAAUCCUCGGAAGCCUCACCACUUGCGACCCGGGCGACAUCAACCAGACCAUCAAUGAGUUAAAAGAAAAUGUGAUCCAAUGUUCGUUGAUAUCCUUAGCAGGAGAGGUUCACAUUUGCAGGACAAUGGCAAAAAUCACAGGGGGUCAGUUCGGAGUUGUUCUGGAUGACUCGCAUUUCAAAGAUCUGCUUCUCUUACACGUUGAGCCUCCACCGGCUGCUGCAAAACUGGAACCUGCACUAAUAAAAAUGGGGUUUCCUCACCAUGUCACUGGUGCGGUUGGGCAGAGCAAAGAUGCCCCACUGUUGGCAAUUUGCAUGUGCCACCUAGAUACACCCAGCGAAAGCAAACUAUGUGCUGGUGGAUACUUUUGCCCCCAAUGCAACAGCAAAUACUGCGAACUGCCAGUUGAGUGCAAGGCGUGUGGCCUCACCUUGGCUUCGGCUCCUCAUUUGGCCCGCUCGUACCAUCAUCUGUUCCCGGUCGCACCGUUUACUGAACUGCCUUUCCACGUCGACGACGAUAAUAGUCCUUGCUACAGCUGUCAAAGAACUUACUUAACUUCCAAAGACAAAAAUAUUUAUAAAUGCAGCAGGUGUUUGCAAAUUUUCUGCGUUGACUGCGACAUUUUUGUCCACGAGACGCUUCACAUGUGUCCCGGCUGUGCCUCUCAUCCAUCUACAACUUCCCAGCUCAAGUAAAUAUAGAUUACUAGGAAAUAAUAAACAUUAAGUCAUAAUUCUACAUCUAUAUUUUUAUUUUCAAAAUUCAGUAAGUUCAUUAAAAAAUCUGUUUGUUAUAAAACUCUGAAGUUUUCUUCCAAAUUGAUUUUUUAACUCAUUUUUUGCAAAAUGUUUCAUUUCGGGUUUAGACUAACGAAAUAAAUGUCAAGAAAAAUUCUUGAUUUAU